AUGCUCCUGUUGCAGAGCGAGGUGAUGGAUCCGACCAGCCCCAUAUGGAGACAGAGGGAGGAGACACAUGCAGAGGGAGGGAGGCGGAAGAGCUGGAAGAGCGGUGACGAACAGAUCAAAGGGGAGAGCGCUCAAUAUGGAGCUCUGGAGUCCCAACAUGAGGCUCCGACGGUCCCUCAAGAGCCGACCCGCAUCUGUUCUCUUCAAUCAGACCGAAGAGACAAGUCCGAGCCCGCUCCACGCAUGCUGAAGUCCAGAGUGGGCGCCCUUGGGUUGGGAUCAUAG